GGGGAGCGUGGCACGCGGCGUCCACACCUCGCCAUGGAGCGCCCACAGAGCCCUCGAUCGCCGCGGCCCGCGGUCCCGCUGCUGCUGCUGGUGCUGCUGCUGCCGCUGCCGCUGCCGCUCAGAGCCGGAGAACCCCUUCCCACAGAGAGCCGGCUCACGAACAGCUGUAUCCAGGCCAGGAGGAAGUGCCAGGCUGACCCUACAUGCAACGCGGCCUACCAACACCUGGAUUCCUGCACCUCUAGUAUAAGCACCCCAUUGCCCUCAGAGGAGCCUUCAGUCCCUGCAGACUGCCUAGAGGCAGCACAGCAACUCAGGAACAGCUCUCUGAAAGGGUGCACAUGCCACCGUCGCAUGAAGAACCAAGCUACCUGCCUGAAUAUCUAUUGGACUGUUCACCGUGCCCGCAGCCUUGGUGACUAUGAGCUGGACAUCUCCCCCUAUGAAGACACAGUGACCAGCAAACCUUGGAAAAUCAAUCUCAACAAACUGAACAUGCUCAAACCAGACUCGGAUCUCUGCCUCAAGUUCACUACUCUGUGUACUCUUAAUGAAAAGUGUGAGCGGCUGCGCAAAGCCUAUGGGGAGGCGUGCUCUGGGGCCCGCUGCCAGCGCCAAGCCUGCCUUAGGCAGCUGCUCGCCUUCUUCGAGAAGGCGGCAGAGCCCCACGCGCAAGGAAUGCUGUUGUGCCCAUGCGCGCCCACUGACCGUGGUUGCGGGGAGCGCCGGAAAAACACCAUCGCCCCCAGCUGCGCACUGCCGUCUGUAGCCACCAGCUGCCUGGACCUGCGGAACCUCUGCCUUUCCGACCCGCUGUGCAGGUCACGCCUUGUGGAUUUCCAGACCCAUUGCCAUCCCAUGGACAUCCUAGGGACUUGUGCUACAGAGCAGUCCAGAUGUCUACGAGCAUACCUGGGGCUGAUUGGAACUGUCAUGACCCCCAACUUUGUCAGCAACGUCAACACCAGUGUUGCCUUAAGCUGCACCUGUCGAGGCAGUGGCAAUCUGCAGGAAGAAUGUGAACAGCUAGAAGGGUUCUUCUCCCGAAACCCCUGCCUCAUGGAGGCCAUUGCAGCCAAGAUGCGGUUUCACAGCCAACUCUUCUCCCAGGACUGGGCAGACUCUACCUUUGCUGUGAUGGAACACCAGAAUAAAAAUCCUGCUCUGAGGCCACUACCCUGGGUGCCUUCUCUUUUCUCCUGCAUACUUACCUUGAUUCUGCUCCUGAGCUUCUGGUAGACGGACUACCCUGGGGGCCCUAUGCCCCUCCACCACACCCAGCCAGACUUGCCACCUGUGAGUGCUGGGGAUAGGACAGCAUCAGAAAGGACAUGUGGGGCAUAAAUGUGGCAACCCUGACCCCACCCAGCAUGUCCAUCCAGU